GCCAACUAAAAUUGCCCAGGUGGUUAUUUAUCUAGUUUUGUAAAGCUGUGGGGUGUUAAAUAACCGAUUUUGAAGGUGGGGAGGUGAAGUAGACCACCCUGUAAAGGUCAGGGGGUUAUGUUGACUAUUUCCAUAUAUUCAUCUACAAUGGGUUCUAUGUUUUUACUUUUAGUUUGUUUUGUUGCAUUUUGUUAUUGCAUGAACGGUUCAACCAAAAAACUUAAGCUGCUAGAUAUGUAUGCAAUUCACUUGUAUUUCAACACUCCCCCUCACGUCGAGUUUUUAUUAGGCCUCAGACGUGGAAUAGGAGCAAACAACAAUUAUUUUAUUUAAUUGCACUAACCAGUAUUUGAAUUCGAGACCUUUAGCUUUGAUACCAUAUCGAGUUAUUUGUACUGGCCAGUUCAACCCAAAAGUUUAAGAUGAUGGAGAGAGGUGUGCAAUUCACUCGUAUUCCAACAAUUGUCACCGGCUAAAUAUGGGCCACCAUGAUAGGCCAAGAGGGUCGAGCGAGGCCUAGCGCUAGGCCUUGGCUAGUCGUGGCCUCAGCUUGGGCGUCGCCAAGGCCCUAGGGGCGCAUGCGAUGUGGGGUGACGAUUGAUGCCCCACUGGUCUCCUCCCACUUGGGAGAAUUUGGAAUAUAUGGAAACUUGAGAUAAUUCUGGAUUAGUUUGGAAUAAAUAAAAUAGAGAUUGGUUUAGAAAAUAAGAUUGAGUUUGUUUAGGAAUUAGGAUUGGUUUGCAUGGAAAUGAGUCCAUAUCUAUAAGGACACCUUGGAAAUCAAGUCCUAUAUGGAAUAUAAAUAUAAGGACUCCAUGGAAAUCAAGUCCAUAUCUAUAAGGACUCCUUGUACAAGGUGCAGGAGCACUUUGUCAAUGUUGACUCCUGCUUGAGCAACAUGUCAUGGACCAACGAGGAUGUCGACGUCGCUGAUAUGGCCAAGGAAAAGCUAGAGCGCGAGGCUACCACCACAAAGCUCGAGGCAGAGACUAAGCAUGCCAUGGAGACUGUUAGACGUGCCUUCCUCAGGAAAAGGCAACGAGAUCAACAUCCUCGGGCAUCCCUAAGAUCAUGGAAGAAUCUCGAAGUCCCUAAUGCGUGAGGCUACCUGAUGGGCCGAUCUCGAAGUCCCUACGAGGAAUGGUUUGAACGCUGCCCUCGAUCAUCAGUGUGAGUUGUGUCAGGUGACGCAAUUGACGUGACUUUUUUGAGUGGUGGGCCCAUUUAUUAUUAUUUUUGUUUUGGGUGUAUAAAAAUGGGGUAUCCAGGGUUCGUUUUCUAUGUGCUCUCAGACACCCUGUUUCUCGAACAUUCCCUCUCCCAUUCAUGUGUCGCUCACCGCCGCUGUCACAGUUGCCCCCGUCGCUCGAGUGUGGGCGCUUUCGCCGUUCGACAGCGAUGCCACCGGUACGUGAUGUCGUCUCAUUCACCGUCGUCAUCUAGUGUGGUUGCGGCGGCACCAUCGCCGACAAACACUACCGUGUCUGGCUCGUUGUCUGAAGCUACAGUGAGCGUGUCACGCCAUCGGGGGGAUCAGGCGUUGGCCAGCACAUGGCAGAGAACAAGAACGUGGAAUUCGAUCGGUCGCAGAUUUCCUUAGGGCGAGUGAAAGAAUUUCAACAACUUGGUUAUUUCGGAGCAGGGACUGACUGUGUCCUUAGGUCGGAGACAACACUAGCCCCGGAAGGCGAAGUGGUGGUAUUCGAAGCGUUUUUCUUUGCUGGCCUCCAUCUGCCAUGUCACCAGUUUGUGGUCGAAGUCCUGGAUAAGUUUAAGUUGCAGUUGAAUCAGCUUACGUUGAAUGCUUUUGUGGAGCUAGCGAUGUAAAUUAUGUUGAAUUAAUGUGGGCCUGGCCCAUAUUAAUAUUCAAUAAUAGUCAAUGCUAGAGGCCCACUUUAAUGCUACGGUGUACUAGUACUUUAGUACCAUACCGGAAGUUCAAAGGACAAUUCACUCAACUUAAAUAGGUAGACCAUUGGUGCAUUUAUUGAGAAGCUGAGAAAAGGAUGAAGGACUGCUACAAGCGCGCGCCGCCUGCCGGGCCGGGCUGUGGUAGAUCGGACCUUGGUCCGAAUAUUCCUUUCUAACGGUUGCACAUUUUGCCUAGAGUGAUGACCGUCCAUUACUGUCGUACGUUACUGGUCGUUUCCUGUGUUAUGGCUAGUAACGGACGAGCUGUAAUGGCUGUUAGGUAGUAACGGCCGUCACUGAUAGCGUCAGUUUCUAGCUGGCUGUAAUGGUAGCUCUGAUGGCGACCGUUACUGUUCGUUGGCCUCCCUCUGCGCAUGUAUAUAUACGAGGGGAGGCUGCUUCUGGUUACGAGAGAACGCACGUACAGUCUUAGACGCGUUGCACACAUUCAUUCCCGUCCCACCUUAUGCGAGCACAGACAGUGUGGGAGAGCAGGCCUCCGAAAUCGUCGUCCGCAGAGCGACACUUGCACGGGUGUGCGGGCGAUCAGGUUUUUGGGGAGCGUACUCGCGACUGCUCGCUUCGUCCGCUCAACCAACGCUGAUCCAGUUCUUCAUCGUCGGCGCCAUUCGUGGGACUGCACUGCAUACAUCUACCUGCGUCGACUGCGUACGACUACAUCGACCAUACACACGAGAUGUCUCGUGUGAAUAGAGUCACUGAUGCCUUGAGCAUCGGUCCCUCCGCAGGGUACAUUUUGUUUUUAGUAAUUGUGCAUGUUUUACUAUUGUUUACUACUUAUAUGAGUAGUGAUACCCACAUGCAUAUACAUGUCGUCACAUACAUCACUGGAUUAAAUUAAAACUGAAAAUGCCUAUUUGUUCAACAAUCCAAAAACCUGAUAUUAGACAUUUUUCUGUUAGUGGUUUUGCUGCUGCGUUAAAACCAAGUGAUGAACCUUUUGAUGGGACAUUUUAUAAGAGGUGGCGUAGUAAGAUGAUACUGUGGUUGACUGCAAUGAACUGCUAUCACGCUGCACAAGGGAAACCCGAACAGUUCACUCCUGAGGAGGAGAGAAUGUUCGACGUUGCCGAUAACCUGUUUCGAGGUGUCGUGAUUGGUGCACUUGCCAACAAGUAUGUUGAUUCUUAUCUAACGUGCACAUCUGCAAAAGAGUUAUGUGAUGCAUUAGAUGAGAAGUUCGGUGUUUCUGAUGCUGGUAGCGAGCUGUACAUCAUAGAGCAGUUGUUUGACUACAAGAUGGUUGAGAACCGUCCUGUAGUUGAACAGGCUCAUGAAAUACAUGCACUGGCUAAGGAACUCAAACAAUUCCCAUGUGUCUUGUCUGGCAAGUUCGUGGCUGGCGGUAUUAUCGCUAAGCUGCAACCUUCUUGGACGGAUUUUGCUACCACUCUAAAACAUAAGAGACAAGAGUUUAGCGUGGCUGAGCUUAUUGGGUGUCUUGAUGUUGAGGAGAUGGCGAGAGCAAAAGACACUCGUGGAAAAGGAGUUGAGACCUCUAGUGCCAAUAUGGUACAAAAGAAGAACUCCAAUGUGUCACAUAAUAAUAAAAGGAAGAACAAGCAACAGAAUGCCACGAAGCCCAAGCAGGCAACCUCGUUUAAAAAGAAGAACAAAGGAGCUGGUUGCUUUGUUUGCGGGAGUAUUGAAUACUGGGCAAGCGCUUGUCCAGACCGCAAAUUUAAGCAAGAGAAAAAACCAGCUCAAGAGAAGAAAACAACAAACAUGGUUGUUAGCAAGACCGCAGAAGGAACAUCGAGUGCAAAGGGGCUGGAGCCUUGCUAAUGGGGAACGGAUCACAUGCGCGUGUUCUUGGUGUUGGUACAGACAUUCUGAAGUUUACUUCAGGAAAUACGGUGCUAUUGAAGAACGUGCAGGAUGUCCCCUCAAUCAAAAAGAACCUUGUUAGUGCCUCGUUGCUAUGUCGAGAUGGCUAUAAACUUGUGUUCGAGUCCAAUAAAUGUAUAAUGUCAAAGUAUGUGACAUUUGUUGGAAAAGGCUAAGGCAGUGUAGGCUUGUUCCGCUUAUCUCUGCAUGAUGUGUGUAAUAAGUCUGUGAAUAAUGUAAUUUCGAACGAGUCGUAUAUUUGGUAUUCACGACUUUGUCACAUCAAUUUUGGUUGUGUGUCGUGGUUAGCAAAUUUAAAUCUAAUCCCAAAAUUUGAUUUAGUCAAAGGUUCUAAAUGUCAGGUGUGCGUGCAAUCUAAGCAACCUCGUAAGCCUCGUAAGGCUGCGGAGGCGAGGAACUUGGCACCACUAGAUUUAAUACAUUCUAAUUUAUGUGAGAUGAACGAAAUAUUGACUAAGGGAGGCAAACGAUAUUUUAUUACUUUUAUCGAUGAUUCUACUAGAUUUUGUUAUGUGUAUCU